CGAACACUAUCCACACCUAGCGUCAGGUGCAGUAUCAGCCAAUCUGAAGUCUCACACCGAACUCAUAAAUCUGUACAAUACCUUUCCUUCACCGCACUCUUCUGUCCAUCCUCAUCAUGGGCGAGCCACAGUUUGUUAAAUAUCCCGAUCUCUCACUUGCACAACAUAUCUUUACCAUUACCAACCCGCACGCGUCGUCGCGUUCCCGCCAGACUUCACUAGCAGCACUCAAAAAUGCCAUCGAAGAGCAACGAAUGGCUCCAUUAUAUCGGUACCUUGCACAUCCUACCGAAGGCGUGUUGAAUGUCUCCAGUGAGGGUACGACAGAUGCACCCAAGCAGAUACUAAGACGAACGAGCAGCUCUGCAACGCAGAUGCUGGCAACCAGAAGACCCAGUUGGGAAGCUGGUAUCAACUUGAACUGGGACGACGUCCUUUUUGAGGAGCUUCAGGAGGAGAAUGAAGAAGAGCUGAAAAAAAUUCAGCGGGAGGAGGAUGAGGCCGUCGAAAAAGCUGGCGAAACCGAGAUACAGACUGCACGGGGGAAACGGGCUGAGUACUACACAAAAAUUGGCGACAAGGAUAAGGCAAUAGCCGCAUACGAAGCUGUCUUCGAAAAGACAAGCAUCUUAGGCACCAAGAUUGAUAUUGUCCUCGCUCUCGUUCGCAUAGGUCUCUUUUUCAACGAUCGCAUCUUUACCAAAAGGGCCAUUGAGAGGGCAUCCGCCCUUGUCGAAAGUGGUGGAGACUGGGAUCGCCGCAACAGGCUUAAGGCCUAUACCGGUUUGCACUCGUUGACCGUCCGCUCUUACAAUAUCGCCGCGCCUCUGCUUCUUGACAGCUUGUCCACUUUUACCAGUUAUGAACUUUGCAACUAUUCAAGUCUAGUUGUGUAUGCUGUGCUCGCUGGUUCCGUAGCACUCAAGAGGGUGGACUUCAAGGCCAAGGUCGUAGACGCUCCAGAAAUCAAAGCUAUCCUUGGCGAAGGUGAAGACAAGCUCUCUGCCCUCACCGGUGCAAUGUCCGCUGGUCCUGCAGCUGGUGAUGAAGAGAUGGGAGAUGUGUUGAGUACCUCUACACCCGCACCUACGGCUGUAAAUCUCACGGCAAUCGGCACAGACAAGGCAAACGAAACUGAAAUGGACGUUGAUUUCAUGCCGCUGGCAAGCCUGGUCAAUAGCUUAUAUGCUGGUAACUACCGCUCAUUCUUCGUAGCGCUUGGGACCGUAGAAGAAAGGUUCCUCAGUCAGGAUCGGUAUCUUUACGAGCAUAGGCACUGGUAUGUGCGCGAGAUGCGAUUACGUGGCUACCAACAGCUUUUGCAGUCAUAUCGUGUCGUAGGAUUGAGAAGUAUGGCAACGGACUUUGGAGUUAGCGUGGAAUUCUUGGACAAGGAUUUGAGCAAUUUCAUUGCCACCGAUCGCGUCUCCUGUAGAAUUGAUCGUGUCAAUGAGAUCAUUGAAACAAACCGACCAGACGAUAAAAACAAGCAGUAUAACGAUGUGUUGAAACAAGGCGAUCAGCUCAUUACGAAACUACAGAAAUAUGGUCAGGCCGUACGACUUCGAGGGAGCGAGCGCGGGUAGGCAUAUAGCGCAAGUCAAACUGCAAUUGCUAAACGCCACCCGCACGGGUAGAAUUAACGGCAUUGUUGAUUUAUUACUGUAGCGAAGGCGCCGUAGAUUUCAUGUUUACAGCAUUGCGGUACGUACCGAUAGCAUAGAAUCAAGUGCUGAUGCUCGACUAUGGAUUGUGGACCGUAGUCACACCGUACUCCAAUCAUAAAAGCGUUAGACUUCGUUUGCGUCAAAUCUCGAUAGCCUUGCAGGCUGCGCCCAUGGCCCCAAUUUUCCUGGCGACUCUUGAGCAAAACGAAUUCCACCAUUGUUCACAGCGAAUUGUUGAAGAUGAAUGCAAAAAGAGCAGAGUUGCGCACUUAAAUCCAACAAACGCCGUCUGCUAUUUUGUUACAGAGUAACAUGGGAAUCACGUAAAGAAGCGAUUAUAUUGAUUAUUUAUGAUCAAGGUGAUCGACUCACAUAAGCGAAGGGUUGUGAUUCGCCUAAAGGAAAUAGACAAAUCAAGAAUACAGC